UCCUGUGAAAGACAGGCCCGUGUUAAGGUUGCGGCGUUAAACACUCGAGCGGUAGGAAACGCCAGAGGCGAGGGGAGGUCUGUGCUCUGAAUUCAGACCCCUUCUGUGCCUCAGCGUUGGGAUGCGCGUGUGUUUAUCUAGGUCUGGUUGGUUUCUUCACAGGGUACCUGCCUGGCUUGCUAUGUCGGCUGCAUGGCGGGUGAGAGGUGGCUGUACAGAGUAACAAAUGCGGCUGUUUCUUACACAGCUGCUGCCUUGUGAAACCUAAAGAUUCAGGUUGUUCAAAACUUACUGCCGCAGCCUCAAACCUCACUCGAUUCAAGGCUUCUAACAGCUGCUCUGAGUGUUUGAAGCCUUGGAAAUGAUACGGACGGUCCAUUUCAGGGCUUACUGCCACUGACAUCACUCCGCACUUAAUGAGCGUUGCUAUGUUAACUUUGGAUAAUUGCAUACUCUGGGCUAACAGCCAUGUCGACACUGCUGGAGAUAAAAAGCAGCGUGCUGAGGCAGGUGCAGAAUCGACAGUCCUUUCAUCAUAAAACCACAGUGGCAACAGCCAGCGACUCUGCACAGGAGAUCAGUGAAAUGACAAGUGCUGUCAGGAAGGAUACAGAAGAUGACGAUUUUUUUGAAAGACUGAAAAGAGUCCUGAAAAAAGAAUCUAGGCUGCAUUCUGGACAAUUUGAGGGUGUUUUGAACAGCAGCACUCCACCUCCUCCUGAGACUGUUAGACAAAGUCAUGCCAUGGAGGAGAUGAAGCCAACAAAGGAGGAGGUAGAAAUGCUGUAUGAAGAAGCUUUAUACACUGUGGUUUAUAGAUCAGGAGUAGUAUCAUCAGAACAUACUGCCAAUGAAGAUAAACUCUUUGAGUAUCUGCAAAAGGUCUUUGGAGUGAGUGUGAAUGAGCAUGAGGUUAUUCUGCAGCGGAUCAGGGAGACAAAGGGUCCGGGUUAUGCUUUAAAAGUUACAGUUGUGGAAGCAAAGAAUCUUCUAGCCAAAGAUAGCAAUGGUUUCAGUGAUCCUUAUUGCAUGCUAGGAAUCCUGAUAGGACAACAGUACGCAAAAGAACCAGAAGAAAAGAAAGAAAGAAAAUUUAGUUUCAGAAGAAAAAAGGAGAAGAUGGAAAAAUGGUCUAGUGUAAAAGAUGCACUCCCAGCAAAGUAUAUCCAAGUCACAAAAGUCAAGAACAAUACCCUAAACCCAGUUUGGAAUGAGAACUUUCUUUUUGAAAUAGACAACACUUCCAUGGACCAGCUGCACCUGGAUAUCUGGGACCAUGAUGAUGAUGUAUCAGUAGCAGAAGCUUGUAAGAAACUGAAUGAAGUAUCUGGCUUUAAGGGAAUGGGCAGGUAUUUUAAACAGAUUGUGAAAUCAGCCAGGGCUAAUGGAACAGCUGGAGCUUCUGAGGACAAUGCAGAUGACUUCCUGGGCUGCCUUAACAUCUCUGUUAAUGAGAUUCCUGUUGGUGGUCUAGAUAAAUGGUUUAAAUUGGAACCAAGAUCUAGUUCAUCUCGAGUGCAAGGAGAUUGUCACCUCAUUCUCAAACUGGUUAUAACUCAGAGAGAGACAUUAUUAUGCAAGAGGACAUCAAGCUUAAUAAUGCAUGAAAUGCUACUGAGACAGCUGCUGCAAUAUGAGCAUCGACAGAGAGAGCCUGAUUAUUACAACUGGAAAGGAGAAGUGAGCAAAUUUGCUUUUACUGUGAUUUCUCACCAUCGAACACAGACAGACCUUUCACCUUUUCAGAAUGCUGUGGUACAAUGGCAGACAUGUAGCAAACUCCAUCAGAAAUGGAACAUGGACUAUUCUUACCUUCUGGAGCUCUUAAAACACAUUGAGGAACAAUGGGAUCCUGCUGUUCUUCAGAGAGAGCAGGAGGAGAACUUGGCUGAAAGUUUUAAUAGCUUUGCUGAACACUGUCUCUUGCAGUUGAGGAAAUUAAGGGAGAUAUUCCCUGUUGCUAACAGCAUUGCCAUUGGGCGUUUGGAAUUCUUAUUGAGGUGUCUCAGUCAGAUCUAUAGCAUGCAGCCUUUCCAAAGUGUUUGCCCCUUUCAUAAUGAGCUUCAUGUAGAAAUUGCAACUGCUUUAAAGAAAGGUACGCUGGAAUGGUAUGAGGAAAUGCAGAUCAAGGAAAGACUCAAGAGAAAGGUAGCUGACGAUGUCAGUGUUGCUAUGGAAGAAGUAAAUGUGAAGCUGGAACAGGAGGAUUGCAAACUGAAACCUUACAUUGGAGAACUCAUAUUUGAACUUCAUAUCACCUUGAAUGAAAUAAAAGGUUUUCAAGAAUGUCUCCCUUUGAAAGACAAUAAGUCUUUGACCCUAUCAGGAUUUCAUGAGUUGUUCAAAAUCCCAAUCCAUAUGUUGUUGAGGACAUUACAUGAAAAAACAUGCGAAAGAAUACAAAAGGCAGUGCAAAAAGACAAGCUGGAGUCUGUGGAUUCGGUUUCAAAGUACAGCAGCUCUGCAGUUGACGUAACAGUCUGUUUCUCGCUAAUGAAAGAGCUUUGGCUCCAGCUUUCCUGGCCUGAUGCCACAGAAGCCUUUACUUUUAUAACUCAACUUGUGGAUGAUAUCAGCAGGGCAGCUAUUCAAUACUCAGAACUGAUCAGACGAAAAGUUGAUAAAAGCCACCAUUCAGAAAGUGGAGUUAUGACUGAGCAGCUCUGCACAAUUUUGAAUAAUGUUGAACAUGUUCGGAAAUUCAUUGGGCAUAUCCUAAAGGAUUUAGAUUGGAAAUCUCUGGAAUCGGUGGUGGUGGAAUCCUGUAGCCCAGGACACAAACGAGUUCCCAAGGCACUUGACGUUCAGUGGCAGGGUAUUGACGUAGAUCUGCAGAGACAGACUAAAAAUACAAUCGCCCACUUGACAGACAAGAUGAUAGGAGACAUUAAAAAGUACAUACAGCACAUAAGCCUUUCUCCAGACUCUAUACAAAAUGAUGAGGCUGUCUCCCCCCUAAUGAAAUAUCUUGAUGACAGAUUAAUAAUACUGAAUGACUCUUUAGUAAAGGAGAAUCUCUAUAGAGUUCUUGAGGAUCUCUGGGGUUUAUUGCUGAAGUUAAUAAUUGAUGCUCUGGAUAGUAAUAGAGAUGUUUCUGUGGAAUUCUUUGGAAGAUUUUAUUAUACACUUGAGGCUCUUGUUGGGUUAUUCCAUGCAGAAGGACAGGGGCUGCCUCUGGAAACUCUGUGGAAUAGAGAUUAUAAGGUACUGGAGGAAGAACUGCGAUUAAGUAAAUGCACCACAAAUGAACUUAUUGAACAUUAUUACCUGGAUAAGCAAAAAUGGAGAUCAACUGAUCAAAGCAAAUAUGGGCGAAUAAGUGUGAAAUGUUAUUAUGAAGCUUCUGAACAGAAACUCCACGUUGAAGUCUUGCAUGCUGCAGACCUCAUAGCAUUGGAUGCUAAUGGUCUCAGUGACCCUUUUGUCAUCAUUGAGCUUUGUCCUCACCAUGUUUUCCCAAUGGUAAAAAGCCAAAGAACACAAGUUAAGGCCAAAACUCUGAACCCUGUGUAUGACGAACUCUUCCAUUUUUCAGUUACAUAUAAACAAUGCAGGAGACGGGCAGCCUGCAUUCUGUUUACAGUGAUGGAUCAUGACUGGCUGUCAUCAAAUGAUUUUGCUGGAGAAGCUGUCAUGCCAAUGAAUCUGAUCUGUGGUUUGAAUGAACUUGAAGUAUCUGGUGGCUUGAAAAAUGUUCAGCCAACUGUUCUUAAACUGACAAGACCAAAAGCUAAUAAUGUUAAGUCAAUACUGAAGAUGCUGGAGGGACGGAUGGACAAGGAAGCACAAGAGUUUGUGAAAAGGCUGAAGGAAAUGGAAAAGUGCAUGGGAAGUGCCGACUGAGUUACGUUACAUAAGUCAUGGGCCCCUUGUACCAAAACACGUUCGUGAAAAACGUCAGAAGUAAACAAUCAUUUUUCAUUUGAUAUCCAGAGAUGUCAGUAAUGUCAAACCAAGACAUUCAGUGGCAGUCUUAUGUAAUUACUGUUUGUGAUGAUCUCAUGAUAGUUGUGACAAAUGUUUAAACAUUUAAUUGUUUCUGCUUUUAGACUGCCAAUGAUAGCAAAUUCCACUUAACGCACCAUUAGAGCUCCUAGGGGACAUUACGUAACACCCUUUCACAACCAGUGAAGGCUGUGAGUGAUGAUCUAAACAUGAGAAGGCGUCCACAGUUCCAAGGGUUAUGCUACAGAAUUACCUAGACCUAGCCAUUUGGUGCUUGAUGGCCACUAAGAUAAUGAUAAUCUAAUUCUCAAAACUGCUUUAUUGAUUUUAGGCAUCCAAUUUCAGAUGUCUUAGCAGGCCUAAUUUCAGAAAAUGCUAAGCACUCCUCCUUUGAAAAUGUUAAGGUCUCUUAGGUAUUUAAAACUGAAGUCAGGAAUGUUGUACGAUUCAAAAAAGAACAGGCUUCUGUCUGACUAACUAUCUAUAGUUUGGGAAGGGUAUAUUCAGUCUCUUGAUCUAGGAUACAAGCCAGUUGGGAUGACUUGUGGAGGAAUGUUAUCCUAUUUGUACCUACUAUCAGGAUGUUACCCUUUCUCUGCAGUUUGGUGCUGGACACACUUAGCAAAGAAAUUGGACUUAAGUGGAUCAUGGGCUUGAUCCACCCAGCAGUUCCUCUAUUUGUUAACUAUUUGCCCCUUAUGAAAAUUGGAACUCAAAAGGCUCCCUCCCCACCCCGAAUUUUAAAGCAUUUUUCCAAGACACUGCUGUGGAAAUCAGCAAGUAAAUAAAUACCUCAUCAGCUAUUGUGCAAACCCUUCCAAGAGCUUCAUCUGUGCUGCAGAUGCCAUCCACAAUGUUUUUGCAUAGCCAACUUCCUAAUCUGAGACUCAUGCCAGGAAAAGGUUUAAAAAAAAAUUGAGAUCAAAGGGAAUUUUCCAAAAUGGGGCUGAGCAUGAAGUUUGUUGCUCUUCAGUAAUUUCACUUUUGAAACUGUUAAGGUAGAUUCCUUACUCUUGAAGGUACAAUAGUUUUGAUUUUUGAGUAAAAUUUGAGAUCUGGAAUAAUAAUGGAAAAUAUCCAGACUACAAGCAGACAAACUAUGGGAUCAAUAUGAAAAUAAACAGCUUGAUCUCAGCAAUGAGUACCUCACACAUAGGAAUGUUUUGACUCAAGAUUUAUUGGCCCUAAAAAUGAGAUAGAUACUAGUUGAAGCAGAUGAUGUGGAGGUGAGCUCUUCCUAUAAAUUAUUCUUGUGGACUUUGUUUAUACGACUUCCUCCUUAGCUGUUAAAAUAACUUAGCAUCAUCUUUGAAAUUCUGAUCUUGUUUCACAUGGAAGUAGCUUCUUGCCAAAUUCUUUGAGCUACAGCUGCAACUUACUUGAUUCCAGGUGCUUUGUGAAGACUGGUUCUCUUGGGCAGUCUCCUUCUUUAGGAAAAUACUAUUUGCAUCACCCACUUGGGUUUCAGUUAGGAACCAGGAGUUCUUCCUCUGCUACCAGAGGCGGUUUCCUCCUAGAGCCUGGUGGUUGUCAGGUGCCUGAAGCACCUCGUAGUGGUCUGGACAGCAGCAAAGCUGCUCUAAUUUUAUGCUGGCAACUACCCUGGAGUCAAGACAGUGCUUGUAUCAUUGGAACAGAUGUGUGGUUUGGAGCAUGUUUUGCCUCUGCCCUAACCUGUAGUAACACAGUGUGGCAGUCAGCUAAGUCUGGGUCCUUAAAUGGCAAACUCCUUAUCUCCAUGGGGAAAAAAAAGAGCUCUUAGUUUAGAGAAAAGAACAUUUAUCAU